GUUUGGUUGUGCCAGCAGACCGCUCUGAAGAGGAUUGAGUUCCAGGUUGACAGGAGCAGCCCUUGCAAUCAAUUGGAAGCUAUCCCCUCUCCUACAACAGCAAGAUGGGCAAAAAGAGUCGAGUGAAGACCCAGAAAUCAGGGACCGGGGCCACAGCUGUGGUUUCUCCAAAAGAGAUGAUGAAUUUAAUCUCUGAACUGCUGCAGAAGUGUAGCAGUACAGCUCCCUCUCCUGGGAAGGAGUGGGAGGAAUACAUUCAGAUCCGAGCUCUGGUGGAGAAGAUCCGUAAGAAACAGAAAGGGAUGUCGGUCAUGUUCGAGGGGUGCAGAGAGGACUAUUUCUCCGAACUGAUGGGAUGGGCUGCAGAGUGUGGAGCUUCGUGUGAUGGUUUCGAGAUCUCUAGCUUUGCUGAUGAAGGAUAUGGCCUGAAGGCCACCAAAGAUAUCAAGGCAGAGGAACUGUUCCUGUGGAUACCCAGAAAAAUGCUCAUGACUGUGGAGUCCGCAAAGAACUCUGUUCUUGGCCCUCUGUACAACCAAGACCGGAUCCUACAGGCCAUGGGCAAUGUGACUCUGGCUCUACACUUGCUGUGUGAACGGGCCAAUCCCAGCUCAAACUGGUUGCCCUAUAUCAAGACCCUGCCUGCUGAGUAUGACACGCCCAUGUAUUUUGAAGACGAGGAGGUGCGCAACCUGCUAUCCACACAAGCCAUACAGGAUGUGCUUAGUCAAUACAAAAACACAGCGAGACAGUACGCCUACUUCUACAAAGUAAUCCAUACUCAUCCGAAUGCCAGUAAGCUGCCCUUGAAGGACGCCUUUAGCUUUGACGACUACAGGUGGGCAGUGUCCUCUGUGAUGACCCGACAGAACCAGAUUCCCACAGCAGACGGUAGUCGGGUCACAUUGGCCCUCAUCCCACUGUGGGAUAUGUGCAACCACACAAACGGCCUGAUUACGACCGGCUACAAUCUAGAGGAUGACCGAUGUGAAUGCGUAGCUCUCAGAGAUUACAAAGAGGGUGAACAGAUCUAUAUAUUCUACGGUACAAGAUCCAAUGCAGAGUUUGUCAUCCACAACGGUUUCUUCUUCGAGGGUAACGCACACGACCGUGUGAAGAUUAAGCUGGGUGUGAGCAAGAGCGAGCGUUUGUAUGCGAUGAAGGCCGAGGUUCUGGCACGUGCAGGCAUACCUGCGUCCAGUAUUUUUGCCCUGCACUGCAAUGAGCCGCCCAUUUCCGCCCAGCUUUUGGCCUUCUUGCGUGUCUUCUGCAUGACCGAAGAGGAACUCAAGGACUACCUGGUGGGCGAUCACGCCAUCAACAAGAUCUUUACCCUGGGCAACACUGAAUUCCCCGUCAGCUGGGAAAAUGAGAUCAAGCUGUGGACGUUCCUGGAGACAAGGGCCGCGCUGCUUCUCAAGACGUACAAGACAACCUCAGAGGAGGACCGGUCCAUGCUAGAGAAGCCCGACCUGUCUCUGCAUUCCCGCAUAGCUAUAAAACUGCGCCUGGCCGAAAAAGAGAUUCUGGAGCGUGCCGUGUCCAGCGGUCGCACCAAACGCCAGCACUUCCAAAAACAGCUUGAUGAGGGAACCCCCCUGCCACUCUAUGAAGAAAGCGACAUCGCUCUUUUGGAGAACGCAGACGCCAAACUUCCCAUCAUCCUGCGCAAGCUAGAGGAGGAAGACGAGCGUCUUGAGGAGGAGAUGAGCUUAGUCGAAAUGAAGCCGGACGAAGCCAGCCUGGACGCGUACAAGAAAACAGUUCUUAAUGGGCGAUGUAAAGAUCUUGAUGGUACUGAAGAAGAUCCAGAGGUUAAGGAGAUAGGGGAUGGGGUUGAGAAGACACCCGAACACCAAGAUGCCCCAUGCACCAAACGAACUGAAGACGAACCAUAAGGCAGUAAAUAAAUUUGACCGGAGCAUGGUGGCAAUCAUAGUUCUUGAUAUUUAUUUAUUUUCUUUAGAGAGACUUGCACAAAUAGGAGCAAAAUCUUCUUUUUAAGCAAAAAGGCAGUGCAUUUCAGUUUAAUAAGUCACAGUUUUUGUUUUUUAAUAAAUGCAGCUUACAGUUGGAGUAUGAGCUCGCUUAAACUAAGAAGCCUGUUUUAUUUUGUUUCAUUUGCGUUUUAUACGAGUACCAGAAAAGGUGGAAAUGACCGGACUCCUGUCGAAAUGAAAGCUUGCAUGGACCUCGGAAAAUGAAAGUAAAUGUAUAUAUAUAUUGAAGGACUUUGCUGUGGUGACGCUGCCAAGGAUGUUUCUGUUUAGUCAUCUAAAAUGCUGACGUAGGGAGUUUACUUCUCUAACCAGCUGUUACUGUAGAUCAUUCCAGUAACAUUGUCGUGUCGCUAGACAAUCAUUCUUUAUGUUUUGAAAUUGAUCUGCAAGAUCAUCAAUGCCAUUAACGCUGCUUGCUUACGGUUAUCCAGAUAAAAUUAAGGUUUCUGAACAAAUUUAACCCCACAAACGAUCUUAUUUUUUGUGCAUUUCGAAGAAUAUAAUUUUUUUUAGUUUUUGUUAUAUUUUCGUUUCCUAUUUGAACAUUGAUGUCGUAACGCAAAACCAGAGGAUAAGAGGCUGCUGGUGACCAUAUGGUUGCCAUUCAAUGUAAAGGAUUCAACUCUUUUGUCCUUUAUAUACACUAGUUUUAAUACAUUUCAGAUAACUUAGCAGUAAAUAUUGAGAAUAUAAUUCUCUCUCAUACUAGAUCUUUGCAAAUUUUUAUGUCAUUAUUCAUCACAACACCAAAAUCUAUAUUCCAAUCAUCUUUAAAGCCUUAAAGAAGUUAUUUUUAUUGUUCUCUAGAUGUGAAACACUGAUACGGGAUUAAGAUUAGAUCUUUUACGCAAUGAGUUUGCCUCUAUAUAAAGCACUGUGUAGCUUUAUUCAGUCACAUGAGCUGUGUUCAGUAUGAGGCAUUGAAAAAGUAAUACGGUUUGUUGUUAAUGCCUGUAUUUCUGUUAUGGUAUUCUGGCUAAACUGUUACUGUUCAAAGUAGAUUUGUUCUUGCUGCUUCUGUAUAUAGAUUUAUAGCUUUGAAGUCUUACAGCUUUAAUACGCGUAUUCUCAAACCUUUUAAACUGGUCUAGCCAUGAAGACCUACAGUGGAUUGCACUGAAACUGUAUAUGCCAGAAAACUGUAUAGACUUCUUAGAAUCUGUCUAAACUGACAAAGUCCAAGAUUAAAGUUCUGUGCAUUUUUCA